GAUCAGUGGCGAAGAGGAUAAAAAAAAAAAAAAUCACUUCCCUUCGUUUUCUAUGCUAGUGUUGUGGAGGGGCGGGAGAGCAAGCGACCUCUGGCUGAUGUAAACACCACCAUUGUCAUGACUGAUUGUCUCUUGUAAACUGCUGUAUUACCCCUAUAAGAGGCGGUCCUUCAGUCAAAAUGGAAGAAAAGGACAAAGAUCCGAUAGCCCUGCAUGUCAUCGUUGUGGGAUUUCACCACAAGAAGGGAAUGCAGGUGGAGUAUGCAUACCCUCCACUGAGUGACAGUGAUGGGUGUGAACUGCCUGACCUGUGGCGCCACCUGCCUUCUCUCUGUCUACCAGAUGGGGCUCAUAACCAUGAGGCAGACACUGUCUUCUUCCAUCUGCCUCACCUCACAAAGUCUGAUCAGACUGUGUUUGGUGUGUCAUGUUAUCGGCAAAUUGAUGCAGAGAAAGUGACAAAUAAGAGUGCAGACAUCACACGGAACACUGUACAAAAAUCUGUUUGUGUGCUGAGUACACUUCCAAUAUACGGCUACAUUCAGGAACGUCUUCAAGUUACAACAAAAGUAUACUUUAAGGGAGCAGACUUUUCUGACGUCCAGGACCUGAAGGGCCUUUACCAUGAUCUUAACACUACAAACUGGCGGGACAAGCUCGCUCAUGUUGAUCAUGAGGACAAGUAUGGAGUGUUCGUAUCUGAUGCUGUAAGAGUGUUUGGUCGUAAUAUCCUGGUGUUGUUCAAGAUGAUCCUGUUGGAGCGUCGUGUACUCUUCUACCACAGCCCUGUUGGUCCUCUGGUGCGCACCAUCACCUCCCUCAUGGCACUUCUCCCAGACAACUUUCCCAAUGGGUUGGCUCAUGCAGCUUCAUUAAGUAACGAGGCUGACCCUGUUGAUCUGAAAAAUGUAGAUGACACAGCGGACAGCUCGGCACCUAAUGGAGAUCUUCGUAACACUGUGAUGGAAAUUACAGAUAUUGCUAAGGAGGCAGAAUCAUAUGAAGAAAAUAACCUAGCACUUGGAAACCUGGACAAGCUGGAGGAUGGGUCGGAACGGAGCAAGAUCAUUAAUGUUACAAAUGACGAGAGUCUCCCUCAUGAGAUUACCACAGAUAAUAUUACUUCUCCAAGUGAUGACCUCAGUGAACGUCGGAGUAGCAACUCAAGCUUGACAUCUGUGACUUCGCGGGGGUCCAUCAUGUCCCCUCCAGAGUUUAAUGGAGGAUCUGGUGGUAAUUCAGCAGCAAACCUCACCAGCAAGAUGUAUUCACUGAAGGGAAGGUUGAGUGGUGCCUUCAGCUACUGGACUGGCAAAGAAAAAUCCCCAACACACGAAAAACCUUCUUCAACAGCAACUCCUAACCCAUCACCUAGUGAACCAGGAGAUGAUAUCCCAGUUUCCCCAACCACUGGUGGCUCCCUCUCUCAGGAACCAUUACCACUUGAACCUGAAAAUAUGCUCGCAUCAUUCCAGUCACCACCUGAAAAAUUUGCUGCUCUCAUUCCAUCAGAUUGUGGGCUACCACUUGAGAUAUUUACCAAGGGUAACUUAGUGCACCCGUACCUAUCAUUACAAUAUUUGGAUGUCUUGAGUGCUCCAACUUCUCGAGCUUUCCUGGUAGGAGCUUCCAACACUCUCUUCAUCCACAAGAAACAUCUUUAUGAUGUUCUUGUACAGCUUGAGGAAGGCAAGAUAGAGAUACCUGAUCCAGACCUGAAGCGCCAAUUAAGCCUUUCUACUGAAGAUCUCCGUUUCGCAGAGAACAUUGUUCGACAGGUGGAGGCAGUUAGUGCAACCUUAAACAACAAAGCUCCCAAUGGCACAUCUCCCAUAAAAAACCACCCAGAUGUUUUCCUGGAGGGCGUUGGCUGGGUGGGCGGUGAGGAGUGGCUGCGUUACCAGUUUAAAGUUUACCUUCUCUCCCUCUUACGAUCGUCUGUCUGCCCAGAGGGUAGUCGUGAGUGUGAAGUAUUCAAUGGAAGCUUUAUGUCUGCCUGGAAAGGAACCCACAAUUAUCGUGUGUGGAUGGCAUCAGGCCCAUACCCGACCUUGAUGGAGCUGACCCCGGGGCAUCCUCAUGCUGGCAACCUCUCCAUGAAUGACAUGAGAAUUAGGCUCUCACAUACCAUCCAAGGUCUAGACAAAGGCCGGCGCAUCAAUCAAACUCUCGCCACCACCGGCACAGCUGUUGUCAAGACCAAGGAGGCUGUAGGAGGCGCUCUAACAUCAGCUCGUGGGGCUAUAACCAACUUGUGGUCAUCAUUCACCACUAGUAGCAACAGUACAAUGAUAUCUGAGUCUUCAUUCAUGGAUCCAGCCAUGGAAGCCACAGAAACACAGCUGAAGACUGACCCAGAGCACCUAGAUGAUAAAACAUCAACAGCUCUCUCAUUUACAGAAACUGCCAUGGAGGCAGUAGAGGGCAGUGUUGAACAGGUUCAUCCUCAAAAUGCUGCCAACACCACUGAAGACAAAGCGACACCUGCAGAAUAAACAAUCGUCUGCACACAAAGUGGUUCAGUAUCAUCCCUUGUGCAGGAAACAAUCUGAAUUCCAGGUUUAGUACAUGAAAUUCCACAAAUUAAUGUUGUGCAUUUACCUUUUGUAGUCUUAACAACUCUCUUUUUUCCCAAUUUACAUGCAGUGUAUGAAUUUAAAAUUUUAAAUCUGCAAAUCUUUACUCAUUGGCUACACUUUAUGAAGUACUGUAGGAUCAAAAUACUGUAUCUUAAUUUCAUAUCAUGUACACAAGAAAUAUAUAUGUACAGUACAGACAGUAAAGUAGAGGUAAAUUGUGCAUGUG